AUGGAUCCCAAUGUCCACCUCACUUCUGCCCAGUCUCCAUCGACCACGGACGAGUUCGCGCAGAUGCGCAAUGUGCCCUACCACACCGCCAUGGGUUCUUUGAUGUAUGCGUCACUCGGAAUGCGCCCCGACAUCACCUAUGCUGUCCAAACUGUCUUGCGCUUCUCCACAAAGCCUGGAAUCGCGCAUUGGGAUGCUGUCAAGCGAAUCUUUUGCUACCUGAAGGGAAUGAAGGAGUUAUGGCUGUCAUAUGGAGGACAGCAGAAGGAGCUUGUUGGAUACACAGAUGCGGAUGGGAACAUGGCUGAGGAUCGCCAUGCCAUCUCUGGCGAGUACAUUGCUGCGACGUACGCCUCAAAGGAAGCCCUAUGGCUUUGUUCCCUCAUCUCCCAACUCUUUGACACAUCACUUGGCUCCACCACACUAUUUUCGGACAACCAAUCAGCAAUCACACUCGCAAAAGACCAUCAAUAUCACGCUAGAACAAAGCAUAUCGACAUCCAAUUCCACUUCAUCCGUUGGAUCGUCAAAAACGGAUCCAUCCGCCUUGUCUAUUGCCCUACCAAUGAAAUGGUGGCCGACACACUCACCAAGGCACUUCCCUUGCCAAAGGUCAAGCAUUUUGCAACCGAACUCGGACUCAUCUCGGUUUGA